AUGAAAUACUUAAUAGUAGCUACACUAAUCUUAUUCACUACCGCUGAGUAAAUCAAGUGCCCACUUGAGAUAGACACUUCAGUAUCUUGUACCAAAGAAAAUAGACUUACAUGCGCAUAUUCAUCCGAAGGAUACCAAUUAGGAACUUUUGAAAAUCCUUGUUUUGCUUGUAGAGCUGAUAAAGCAAGUUAUUAUGAAACUGAUGCAUGUAAGUUGGAAUCAGCACCCUCAUAGCCAUAAAGUUCAGAUUCUGGAAAUUCUUCAUCCACCACCUCAAAAGGAAACACCAUAAUCAAAUGUGAUAUGCCAAAAUCUGAUAGUCCAAUAUGUCCAGCAGUUUAUAAACCUACUUGUGGAUUGUUCAAUGCUAGUAUUCAAUGCUUUAAAGCUCCUUGUGGAAAAUCAUUUGGAAAUGAAUGUGAAGCCUGUUCAGACAAAAGUGUUGAUUCAUAUUUUUAUGGAGAUUGUGAUGAAGUGCCUUAAGAAGAUCCAUAAAAUCCACCUGAUGAUAGUAUCACCUAUUGUACAGAACCUAGACCUGAGAUUUGUACUGCUGAUUAUACAGACACUUGUGCUUUCCUCUCAACUCCAUGUUUUUCAGAUUCUUGUUUGAGAUCUGCUGGAAACUUUUGUGAUGCUUGUUCUAAAAAAGAUGUGGUUGGAUACGUUAAACAAUCUUGUGAUAAAUACAAAUAAAUAUACACCUAAUAUCCAAGCAAUCUUGAUGACAAAGAUCCUUAAACUUAGACUGAAGAGGAAGCCUAAGAUUUAGAUUCAUAAAACUAAGAAACAUCAAAACAAUGUGGUACCAAGCCAAGUUCUUGUGACAAUGUUGUGAAUGAAGUGUGUGCAACCUAUAAAUGCAAUGACGCCACUUGUCAAAAAGAAUAUUAAAAUUCAUGCUAAGCUUGCUUAGAAACAACAACUAUUUCAUAUAUUUAGGGUAAGUGUUAAACUCUAUCUGGAACCAUCCUGGGUUUGGCCUUAUUAUUACAACUAAUCAUAUGA